UUUCUGUCGACAAUGUUUGGAUCCGUUGCUGCUACACAAACAACCAGUAUGGGACCCUUUUCGACUAGUAGUUUAUUUACAAGCCCUAAUAGUACUGCCAAUCUACCCAGUACAGGAUGGUCACAACCAACUUACAAUAAUAGUUUCGGUAUGACACAAAACAUACAGCCAAACCCACCCACUCUUGGAACUAGCAACUUUCCCUCAGUUUCUGGUGGACAAAACUAUGCAACCAGCUACCCAAUCAACUCAUUGAAUCAGUUACCAGAUAUACAACAAAUGAAAGAAGCUUUCAACCUACAAAGUUCUUCUUGUCGCUUUCGAUAUAUAUUUUAUAACGCUUCCACCAUGGCUGCCACAGUGGCCCAACAAGUACCUCAAGGAAUGGACUCCACUUUAUGGGAACAGAUUCAAAGGAAUAACCCAGAUCCUAGUCGCCUGGUACCUGUUCAGCUUUCCGGUUUUGAUGAAUUGCAAACCCGUAUACAACAACAGAGUACAAGGGUGCAAGAACACCUGCAAGCCUUGACGGGAAUUGAAAAUAUUUUGUCCGAAUGUUCGGAUAUAGAAAGGACACAAUGUGCACUAAAAUUGGCAGAAUUCCGUAAUCGAUAUUACACGUUAUUUCGUAGGUUGGUACAAUUCAUCGGACGAGUUUGGUGUUUAUUAUCCCGGGGGCGGGCUCUUAGAAUCGAAGAAAAUCAGAUGAAGGAUGCUUUGGAAGCGCUGCAGAGACGCGUAAGUUCUCCAGGUGAGCUUCACGAUAAAUUGGCGGAUUUGAUUGAGCUCUUCAGAACCAAUAUUUCUCUUCAAAAGUUUAACGAGCUACAUAAACAGACGUCACUGAGAAAAGAGUCAUUAGAGCGUAUAUAUAGAGUGAUAAGUAAACAACAAGAAGGAUUGGAUCUUUUGCUUCAAGUUUCCUAUCAGUUGGAGAGUGAUUUGAAUAUACUCGCCGAUGGCUUGAAGUCUUUGGUCUCCAAUGCAAUGGCAUGAUUCCAUCGAUUCGUUCUUCCGUUGUGA